AAUUAAAACUGAGUUACAAACAGAAACAGGUCAAGUAUCAGCAUGAAGUUUCCUAUAAUACACUUUCUCCACAAGACAACUAAAGACACGUCUAAAUCAUUGUAUGGCUGCUAGGAAUAGAUGUGUGAAAUCUAAAUAACCUUUAGAUCCAUCUAAGAUUUCGAUUCCCAGUAAAAAAAAGAUAUAAAAAAUGGGACCCAAAAAAUAAAUCCUAUAUUGCUUCAUAAAACAUAAUCUUCCAAUAUUGCUUUAUAUAAACGAAAAUGCAUCAGUGCAUUUGAGCAUGCAGCACACACUGGUGAGAAUGCCCACUUCCAUGUUUUGAGAAGUUCUGACAAAACUUAUAUACAUGUACAUUGUUGGAUGUAGUUCGAAUCUGCAAGUGUUGGUGCAAAAAUAAAACUAUCUAUUUAUGUGCUAGACAAAAAAGACAAACUGUUUACAUUUAUAGUUGUUGUUUACUUCUGUUCUUGUUUCUCAUAAAAAGGUUAACCAGCUGAAAAUGCUAUCUUUUGCUACCUCUAUGUGUCUGACUCUCUGUCACGCUAUGUGUCUGACUCUCUGUCACGCGCACUCUGUGACACAACUGCCAAUAUUCGCAUUGGCUCUCCUCGUAAUAAGGAGGUCCAUGCUUUUCCUCUCCACCGUAAAGAAUAACCCCUAAAAAUGCACACGACGCAGGCACUUUCUGUUAACCUGUCUUUAUUUAGGCAAACGCAUUACCAUAUAAGGAGGACCUUGCAUGGCGUCCCGUCUAACUUGAGCAACAUCGCAUGCGCGCAAACCAAACCUCCCAAUGGCAUCCUUCUACGCAGCCAUAGGUUUCAUCCUCCCCUUCCUCCUCGCCAUCGCAUUGCCCCAAUCUACUGGUUCCCCUGCCGUGGCGCCGUCGACCACCGGGUCGUUAUCCAUCGAGGACGCCUGCAAGCAGACCGCCAAGCUCUACGACGUCUGCAUGGCGACGCUCUCCCCGGACCGGUCCUCCUUGACGGCUGAUGCUGUGGGCCUGACCAGGGCGGCCAUCCUGGCUGUCCAGAAGAACGCGUCCGAGACAGCCACAUACCUCACGAACAUCGAUGAAGAUGACAACUUCAAUAAAACAGCACAGCUGCAACAAUGCCUCGAGGACUGUGGGGAGCGGUAUGAGGCAGCCGUGGAGCAGCUGGCAGACGCGACAAUCGCGCUGGACAUGGGGGCAUACGACGAGUCGCAGGUGCUGGUAUCUGCAGGCCAGGCGGAGGUGAAGCUGUGCCAGAAGGGGUGCCAGGACUCACCAGAACACCAGAGCAUCCUCAUGGCGCGCAACACCGAGGUCGACCAGCUCUGCAAUAUCACUCUCGCUAUCGCCAAGCUUAUCCCCCGGUGACCGGACUCUGCUCGCUCAUGGUGGUAUAUGACUGCCAUAUUGUCUUUUGAAUACAUGGUGGCUAGUGAAUUAAUUUAUCUAGCAGAUGGGAGCCAGACCUUCUGUGUAAACUAGCUGAAUAGCCAUAUUUUACUAUGUUAGAUAACCAUGCUGCGCAACAUAUUAUGCUAUCAUCGUCAUACUCAGUCGGGUCCACACCAAAAGAUUAAGUUAGUUCAUUUCAUUUUCUUCAGUAUACAAAUUGACAAUAUGUGUUGCCCAAAAUUGGCAGGUUUCACCUGUUCCAACAUCGUGCACCAACAAUGAAAUUCAUUUUUUUUCACAACUAAAGUGUCCCUUUUGAUUCAACUCAAAUCAUCAGGUGCAUACUCGGUGCAUCCAGGUGCAGAAAAUCCGCUCUCCAUAGAACAUUUCACAUUGGAUACAAUGGAACAUGAACAACAUGGCAAAACUUACGAUAACUAAGAAAAUCAUUCCGCACGAACGAAAUGAACGAAUUUCAUUGCCUUUCAUCACUAACAUUGUUCCCUAAUAAAUAUUUAUUUCAACUGAACAACACGUAGAUUUUCAACUACACUUUCUUGACAAUCUGGUAAAAAAAGUUUUGAGUUUUUAGGGCCUGCUUGGUGCUUGCGAUUUUGGUGGCCUACUUAAAACAAUCUAUUUUGUUAUUUUACAUAGUACUAACUGACUGAGAGCCUCUUGUUUGGACUUUCAACCCAUAACAAGCAUAGUUCGCUAGAAGUGGCAAAGAGCCCAGUGACAAGCAUUGAUGCAAAAGCAUGGUGCAAUAAAGCCAGAUUGGUCGUUAGGCAUCUGAUCCUCAAACGUAGGACUAUGGGGAUUUCAUGAUAAAAUCAACAUCUAUUUCUCAAAUACAUGUGAUUCGUAUAAUAUAAGACCAAAAC